UUUCGGAUUGCAUAGGUAAUUAAUAGCUGAUCCCAUACAAAAACGGGUUGAACUGUAUUUAUCUGAACACUAUUAAAUGUUCAUUGAGUUUAACAGCUGUAAUCAGAACCAGUUCUAUAUCAAUAUAUAUCUAAAUGCUUAUAAAAGCUCAUCACGUUGUAACGAUCAGUCAGACUGACUCUCACAUUUCUCCAAAAAUGAAGUCGUUUUUUGUUAUUUUCGGUGUGCUUCUUAUCUCAACUCAGAUAGCUGCACAAACCACGUCGGGAUGUCCUGAAAUCUGUCCUGCAGUUUACAGUCCUGUCUGUGUAGAAGCUACGAUCAAUGGAAAAUUGGUUCGAUGCUUAUUCAGCAAUAGCUGCCAAGUAGGUGUCAGCACCUGUCGUCGUGGAAUAAAUUGGUGCAAACAAAAUGAGGAAAAAUGCGAAAAAAGUUCUCCCACCUGUAGUCAGUACCGCUGAGCUAAAAAUAAAUUUCGAAAGUAAACA